AUCAGGUUCUGAGGUCCCAGACGUUGAAAACGGAAACAGGAUGUUUAUAACUGACUAGCUACACAUUUAGGUCCAGUUUAUUAGUGGUGUUAGCAAAAAGUGUUGUACAAAACGAAGAAACUAUGGUUUGCGACAAUUGUGAGAAGAAGCUGGGCAGGGUGAUAACUCCAGACACCUGGAAGGACGGAGCAAGGAACACUACAGAGAGCGGUGGGCGGAAGCUGAAUGAGAACAAGGCUCUGACAUCUAAGAAGGCUAGGUUUGAUCCUUAUGGGAAGCCAGGAAAAUCAGGCAAGUCGGGCUUUGGCAUCUGCCGAAUCUGCAAGAGCUCUGUUCACCAAUCAGGAUCUCACUACUGCCAGGGCUGUGCCUACAAGAAAGGGAUCUGUGCCAUGUGUGGGAAGAAGGUUCUGGACACCAAGAACUACAAGCAGACCUCCGUCUGAUAGGCUUCUGACAGGCCACCAGUAUAACCAGAGAAAGAAGGGGAGGAGUGAGAAAGAAAAGGAGGGGAAGGAAGGUGGGCAUGAGAAAUGACCGCUUUAUUGUGUAGCAGGCUUGCUUUGACCCCGUCUAAAACUCUCAUAGCAGAGAUUCAGUCAAAGGGUUCUUACUCUUUCCAGCUCUCUCUCUCGUGUGUGUGUGUGUGUGUGUGCGCGUGUGUGUGUGAGAUGGAGCCGUGUUUCCCUCCCUAUUGUACAGCUCUUAUAACCCUCAGCUUUUAGCAGCAAUAAGUGGCCAGUACUGUUCCACACACCAAAUCCGAGACAACUUUUAGUUUUAAUACCUGGGCUGAUGGUUUCUCUCCGGUUGUGUCAAACCUGCUCUGAUACAGGAGUUUCCUUUUAUCAAUUCAUUGGGAAUUAUAUCAAGUGUCAUGUUUUUGAGUGCAUUAAAAUAUUCAAUAUGUAAUGGCAAUUAAAUGAUUAUUCAUCGACUUUGUUUUGUCUCAGACCAAAACAUUCCAACAAAUGUCUGUUUGGUGUACAGGGUCUUAUUUAAUAGGCUUGAACACAAGUCACGACCCUGUUCUCUGUGUCGCUCGGUCACCUGUACAUGCUACAGUGAUUGGUUUAGAACCUCUGACAUCAUCAUGAUGUGACACGGCAUGCUGUAACUUCCUGUGUGACCCAGGGUCAGGUUAGAUGCCGUGUUCACGUGCUAGUCAGAGCUUGGAAACUCUGAAAUGUUCCACUUGCUAACUGGUUGAACGGGGUACGUGUACAACUACAACCAGUUAGCAAGUCUGAAAUGUCAGAGUUCUGACUAGCAUGUGAACGUGGCAGGAGAACAGAGGUUGGCUGAGUCAUUGCAGCUGCCCACUGACAUUUAAAGGCACCGUCUCCCCUCAGGCUCUACCCCAGCAAACACACACCCAGCCCAUUACACAGAAGCAAAGAGCCACUCCAUUGUGGUGAUCUAGUUUAAUUGAGGGAACACGACAUAAUGAUGAUUCAUGAAAACAAAUGGCAACAUAGACAGAGGAAAACAUUGUUAGACAAAUACCAGGAAAUAUAGAUAUAGAACACGUGUUGGCUUAUAAACUGUAGAGAUGCUUUUGCUGACCAGUGCUGAAAUACACUUUU